AUGGCCAGAAUCGAACCAGGAGGAAAUUUUCGGAACAAGGAAUCAUACGAGGAGCCGGCUGCGCAAGAGACCGGAUACGGAGAAUGCAGCACCUCCUGUCAAAUGCCCUUGCAACCGUAUGAGGUCCCAGACUGGAUAGUUUUCAUGGAUGACUAUGAGGUCGAGUCCUUACUGAUCACCGGAUCUUUUGGAGGCGUGUACGCAGCUAGACGACUAAUAGAUGACUUACAAGUGUCCCUCAAAGUGAUAAGUAAGGAUUCGGUUGCGGAGUGGGUUCAGAUGUCCUCGAGCGCCCCGAGCCCUUUCAUAGAACUACACGACUUCGUAUUUAAGUAUGAAAAAGACCUGGAAGAGCCGCACGCUUGGCGUAUUUUUCAGCAGAUUGUGGAGGCGCUCCAUCACUGUCUUUCCAGGGGCGUCUUCCAUAGGGAUGUGAAGAUGAAUAACAUUUUAAUCCAGAUCCACACCUGCCAAAUCAAACUCAUGAACUUUGAAGGCGCAUCUCAGCUGCGGGAGGGGGAAUAUACAACUUUCAGAGGUGCGCUGAAGUACGCGCCUCCGGAGUGGUUUACCAAGAAGCGUUAUGAGGCCGCACCCGCCACAGUCUGGGCUCUGGGUGUGGUGCUCUAUGCUCUGGUCUUUGGAGUCUUUCCCUUCGAAACAUGCAAGGAUACCGUCAAGGGAAAUAUCGCAUUCCCGAAAAAUAUCACCAGAGAAUGCCGAAAACUGAUUCUGCAUUGCUUGUCAAAAUGCCCUCGAGAGCGACCCUCCCUGGAAGAUAUUCUAAGGCAUGCGUGGAUGAUCUAAGAAUGGACACAAUAAAG